ACUCACACAUUAUCUCUAUCUCUCCCUCGCUCUGACUCUCACUCACAUAUUAUCUCUCGUGCGCUCCCUCCCUCCGUUUCUGCAAAUAUUCGCCACACUGGGCAGUCAAUCUGAUAACGAGAAAGUGCCGCCUCAACAAAGCCGAGCACCGCGCGUGAAGACGGCAAGCCGGCGGGCAGAUAGGGCACCGUUUUGUCAGAGCGAGUGAGAGGCGAGUAGGGCAGAGCGCGAGAGAGAAAGUGAAACGGGCGGUGGUGAAGAGCGCAGAUAAAUCCGUACGAUAACGAGAGGAGCGCGCAAGAGCAGGAGGAGGAGGAGCAGGAAGCGAGCCAGAGACAGGGAACGAAAGCGCCGCUUUGCCACAGUAAACUUUGCGCGCAUCAGCACGCGGAUCGCGCUGCUGUGCCAUCAGCGCCCGCGCCGCGUCGCGAAUGUAACCGGACCCCGUGUUUAUCCACCCUCGCGGCGAGCCGACGUGAGGCUAAAAUCUCCCAACCUUUUUUUUUUCUCUGUUGGGGUUGGAAGGGAGAGGGAGGGUGGGGUGGUGGUGGUGUGCUGCUUCGUAAUUUGGAGGGAGAUCGGAAAUAUAUAUAUAUAUUUGUGGACACAUGACGCUCUCCGGCACCACGAGCAGCUGUAGCGGCGGCGGCGGUGGAGGAGUUGGUGGUGGUGGUGGUGGAGUAGUUGGUGGUGGAGGAGUUGGUGGUGGUGGUGGUGUCGGUGGUGGCGUUGGAUGCGGGAUGUCUGCGCAUACCGUGCUGCAUCUCGCCGACGACGCGGACAUCGACGUGGUGGGAGAGGAGGAGGAAGAGGAGGAAGACGAGGAGGAGGAAGAGGAGGACGACGAUGAGAGGCGAGCGACGUCGCGGAACCCCGCGCGAGACGGGCAACUUCGCGCCGAGGACAUCCGCGACGUGGUGGCCGGAAUGGGACGGGUCGAGGCGAGUCCGGCAUCAGACGUCAGCGGCGUCGUUGACGUUAAGGCGGCGGCGGCAGCAGCAGCAGCAGCCGGGUGCAGCAGCAGUAGCAGCAGCAGCAGCAUCAGCAGCAGCGGUAUCGGCACGACAGCCAUCGCCGGUGCUGUUGGCGGCACGGCCGGUUCAGCGAAACCCAAAGCCGCGUUGGUGAAGCCGCCCUACUCGUACAUCGCGCUCAUCACCAUGUCCAUCCUGCAGAGCCCGCAGAAGAAGCUGACGCUGAGCGGCAUCUGCGACUUCAUCAGCAACCGCUUCCCCUACUACCGCGAGAAGUUCCCCGCGUGGCAGAACUCGAUCCGCCACAAUUUGUCGCUCAACGACUGCUUCGUGAAGAUCCCGCGCGAGCCGGGCAACCCGGGCAAGGGCAACUACUGGACCCUCGACCCGGCGUCCGAGGACAUGUUCGACAACGGCUCCUUCCUGCGCCGACGCAAGCGCUUCAAGCGGCAGCCGCCCGAGCACCUUCGUGAGCAGGCGGCCUUCAUGAUGCACGGCCUGGGCGCCUACGGACUCGGCGCGUCCCCCUACGGCCGCGCCUACGGUCUGCACGCCGGGCCGCACGGCUACGCUCACCCCGUGGCGUUGCACCACCAGUACUCGCCCUACGUGUCCCCCGUGGGGGCCCUGCUGCCGCCGGCGGUGCCUCUGCUGCAGGCCGGCGAGCUGAGCCUCAACAAGGCGUUCAACGCGCAGCUGGGUCCCGCCUUGCAGAUGCAGUUGGGGUCGGCGGCGGCGGCUGCUGCUGCGGCUGCGGCCGCGCUCGAUCGCAGCGCCGGAGAAUCGUUCGGCGGUGGUGCCGGCGGUCGUAAGUCGGAGCAGGCGGCGACGGCCGCGGUGGCCGUCGCCGCCGCUGCCGCUGCUGCGGCGGCGGCGUCUGUCGGGGUGAGCCGACCCUCGUUCAGCAUCGAGAGCAUCAUCGCGGCGACCAGUAGCGCCGCCGCCGCCGCCGUGUCUCCAAGCGCGGCGCACGUGGCGUUCGCCGCGCAGGUUCAGCACCAUCAUCAUCAGCAGCAGCAGCAUCAUCAGCAGCAGCAUCACCAGCAGCAGCAGCAGAGGCUGUGCGGCGUGCAGCCUUCGGGCAGAGUGGCCCAUCACGCAGACCUGCCGCCGGGCACUCUGUCGCUGGGUCUGGGGCCCGCGAGCCUCUCGGUUCACGGCAGCGGCCUCAUCCCGGGACACUUGCAGGCCACGCCGGUCACCAGCGCAAACGCGAUCAUCAAGUGGUAACUCGCAACCACCCCCCCCCCCCCCCCCUACUGUUCGAGUCCACAGACAGCGGAGUUAGUCUACGGACGCGCAUCUGAGUUAACCUACGGGCGCGCAACCUGAGUGAGUCUACGGGCAACUGAGUUACUCCAUGUGUUGCGCGGCUGUGUUAACACAGAGCCACGCGUGUCGCGUUUCGGGGAGGGCUAAUUGCGAUGGUGGCGUUUUGUUUGUUUGUUUUUCGACUAAACGCAAAUGUGUUGCCUCUUGUUUACUUAUUUAUUGUCUCACUGGUGUAAAGAAAAAAAAGUCUCAUUGAGAUAUCGGGGGAAAAUAUAUCAGGAGGGGUUCAUGCUCCACUGGGAUAUUUCCGGAGAGAGCUCGGGGGAGGAAGGGGGAGGGGGGUGGGCGACGACAUCCACGGUGUCCGCACGGAUGGGUUGUCGAACACACUUACUGCACCACCGUCGUCUGGCCGGCUCCUCGCGGCCCAUCGGCGGCGGGUCUGCGGAGUGUCUCCGACCUCUAACGUGCCCACAAACGCUGGCCCACCGAGGCGUAAAUGUAAAUAAUAAAUAUAUAGAUAUAACAAAAAAAUAUAUAUACCAUUGGUAACCUAUACUAAUUUGCAAACGGUCGUCGCAUUAAUUCACUUUUAUUACAAGUUGUCCUAUGGAUGACUAACCCCAGUCAUAGUAACGUGGAAUUCCCACCAACGGCACAGCAAUGAUGAAUGCCGACUCGGAGCUCGUUCGAGCCGAGAAACGUGUUGAGUUUUUUUUUUAAAUUUUAAAUCUACAUCAACAAUUCUGCUUUCAAAUUACAAAUUCUUACUUCAUCAGUACCAUCAUGAGCAUUAUCAGCAGCAGCAGCAGCGCCGCACAGGGAUACCUUCGCAUAUUUUAUUUUACAUAUACAUCAACAAGUCCGCUCACCUGUUCGUUAACUCCUGCAUCAUAACAACAACAAAUCAGCACCAUCAGCAGCAGCAAUAACAGCGUCAUAUGAAAACCAUCGUCGCGUGUAAAGAAAUGUGCGCUACCGCCACGAUACAUGGGCAAUCACUGUACGUGACACGAAUUUCAGUUCCUCCUUUGGCCCGUGGAUUCCUUUAUCAAACUUUCGUUUGAUUUUGACGCCCGCUGAGCGUGAUUGUAUGUUGUUGUCUUUUUGUAUUUGACCUUGCAUCCAGUUUGUACACUCUCCCGAACUCUCACACUUUUGCAGGAAUAUUUAACGCAGCUCUCCGACGUUUUUGUUGUUUUACGGCUUGGUACCGCGUCGUGAGCGGUUCGAAAACAAUGUCCGACGUUCCGCUCCACGUGCUGGGAGAGCUUUUUUCAGAAAGCGCUCGCGAGCCGCUGGCGUAUUCUCCCAACAUUGCAUACAUAGUAUACGUAUAUAUCAAUUGAGCGGCUACGUUCAGUUCCUCGCGAAGCUCCCAGCGCGCAGAGUAAAACGUCGGACACCGCGCGGAACAAUGCGCGUCGCAUCCAGAAAACAUCGGAGAGCCGCACAGCGCAAACGCGACCGUUUUCCUGAAUGCGAAUUGUAUCCCGAAUUGGUAAAAUUUAUUUUCUAACGCAGCCAGUCUCCUUCGCGGGCAAAAACAAAACAAAAAAUGUCUGGGGUAAAACAAAUUGUAACGAAAUCACAUUCCUGUUACGUAUCUUCACCUAAAGCAAUUAAUAUUGAACACCCAACUGCAUAGUCCACAGACCUACCUAUAUUGGCCUCUCUGGACCUAAAGUCAAUUGAUUGGCGACAUUUCUGUGCGCGACGAAGCAAAGGCGAUGUCGUGCCGGUGAAAGGUGUUGGGCGAGCAACAGUCCCGCCGAGAACCAGACAACACGGCCUUCAUCCAGCAGUGGAUUGACGGAGGCCCUGUGCAUCGCUGGCGUCUCGAGAAGCGGGCGUAUGCGUAUUUAGUCAUCGCAAUACUCGAUAGAUUCAUCCCAACGUGCCAACGGGUCGAUGGAUUCAAACGAGAAAAGCACACGUCGGAUUGUAUACGUGAAGAUACGCAAACGAGGUUGAUUUGUUAUAUUUUUUUAAUGGUUAAAUUCCUCCUUUGCCGUCCCCAUUCCGUUGUAGUUUCAUGAACGUCAAGUGAACGAAUUCGUUAUAGAAUGAUAACAACGACUGUAUUAUUAUUAUUUAAACGAUAACAACUAUUUUAUAAUACCUUAUUUUUUUGGGCGCGGCGGUGGGCAAGGGUAAAGUUUGGUUUUAUUUAGCAGGCAACAACCCACGUGCUCCAAAGGCGUGCUGUAAAUACAAUGUAAAUUAUAAAGAUAAUACGACUAUGCUAUUUGUGAAAUGCUACGCGCUAUAUACAUAAGUUGAAUUUGCUGAGCUGUUUUGAACUCAAGACACCGCCACGUGUUUUAUAACGAUACGUUACCCACGGUUGUACGAAUUGCGUUACGUUCACCAUCGCGUUAUUAGCAUGAAGCGAUUGAUGUAGAAUCGGGCCUUCGUGUUGUUUUUUUUCAUAUAAAAUACACUUUCUUUUCUUCUAAAUCUCAAGAAAUAUUUUCGGUUAGGUCAUUGCAAUAACUGAAGUUAAUGGAAUUUUUUUUUAAAGACGUACUGACUGCAGCACAAAUAAAAAAAAAAUAUUUCGCUGUACAAUG